CAGGCUGAGCAUUGGAUUACAACAAAUGGGGACUGACUUGGCCCGAGACGUGGGAAACACCCACUAAAACCUCGAAGUGCAUUUUAUUUAGGAGACACACGGAGAGGGAGAGAGAAAGGGUAAGAGAAUCCUGCCCAGUCUGCUAAUCUGGUUUACCCUCAAAAGGGAGGCAUUUUGAAUCCUGGUUUCUUAAAUUCUAUCUUCACUUCUGACUGAGGACCCCUGGACUUUGAAGAAACUCUUUGCUCUUAAUUUCCACACGGAUUAGUCAACAGUGGAAAAUCUGAAGAGAUGCGAGCAGGAAGAAGAAACUGAACCAGGCCUGAAGAAGGAUGAGACAGGCAUGAUGGAGGUGGAGUCCUCCUACUCGGACUUCAUCUCCUGUGACAGGACAGGCCGUCGGAAUGCAGUGCCCGACAUCCAGGGAGACUCCGAGGCUGUGAGCGUGAGGAAGCUGGCUGGAGACAUGGGCGAGCUGGCACUGGAGGGGGCAGAAGGACAGGUGGAGGCAGGCACCCCAGACAAGGCGGCUAGCAACCAGCCGGAGAGCAGCGACGGGACCACCUCAUCUUGAGUCUGACCUUGCCCAAGGAGGCUGGAAGAGAGACCUGCUGUCUACAUCUGGGCAGGGAGCCCUGGCACUGGCAGCCUCUUCUCUGAGCCCCCUGUUCCAGGCAGGUGAGGCCAGACUGAAAGGCACCCCCAGGGGCCACCAUGGCCCUUACCCUGGGAAGGCCCUCUGCCCAUACCCACAGGCUCCACGCUACCACCACCUCAUCAUGCCCAGAUACACUUUUAAGACACUAUAACCACAGGAUGUUAUUUAUUCACUGGGCUCUGGGACUCAGGGGCUCCUCUCCUGGGCAACCUGGGUAGGGACCAUGUCCCAGCUCUGCCCCCUCUUCUCCAAACCCAUCCGUUUAGGUCAAGACCUUCUGAUCCCUUUUUUAAAAAACUCUUGAACUUUUAAAAAAUUUUAAACCUUUUUCAGCAGAGAGGAAAGGAGCUGACAGUCAAUUCACUUUUUUUUUUUUAAGCCAUUUUAAUCUAAACUCUGAGCAGCUAUGCAGCUCUGAGGUUCCCUCAUGGAACUUCACAGAUCCAGUUUUAGGGAAGGGAUUUUUGUGCUCAAAACUACUGAUCAACUCUGCCCUUUCUUUGUACCAAGAUAAAUAACACCUGGAACCCAGGAAAUAAAUGCUGGUGAUUUGUGUGA